UUACGUGAUCAUUGUGCUGUUCAUCACUGUUCAUAGUCAUCUAUAUUAGUUCAUACCCUUAUAUAUCAUCUAGGACAUAUGUAUAUAUACGCUUAUUUUAUUUUAUUGUGUCCGGUGUAAAUCUGCAAUUAGUGGUCCGUUUAUAACCUAGGUUUAAUCUAUGCUUAUAAUUUUAAUUAAGUAUACUCGUUGAAGUAUAUGUCAAGCAAAAUAAUAUAAAUAUUUAUAUAUGAAUUUUCAUAUAUUAGCUGUUUUAUUCAAUAUUUUAGAAAUAAUUAAAUGUCAUUUAUUCUAUCCGUAAAUUCUACCGUAUAUAACCUCAGUGUAAUACGAUAAUAAAGUGGUUUCCAGUGACAUGCAGCAUUAUUAUAUACUAAUAGUUUAGAUAAUAUAUUUUUGCUAUAUAUAUGUAUAUAUAUAUGUAUAUAUAUAUAUGUAUAUAUAGCAAAAAGAAUAGUAUUCUGAAAACCAUGGCAAAUACAGGAGUUUUACCUUUUGUUCGGGGAGUAGAUUUUAGCUGUAAUGAUUUUGGAGAUGGUAGAUUUCCUGAAUCAGUUCGUCUGAUGACAGGAAUACAAUGGUUAAAAUUAGAUAAGACAAAUUUAACAGAAAUUCCUGAAGAAAUGGGUAAAUUACUAAAACUGGAACAUCUUUCACUUGUUAAAAAUAAACUGGAACGUUUAUAUGGAGAAUUAACAGAACUGGGAUGUCUUAGAACAUUAAACAUUCGACAUAAUAAUAUCAAGUCAAGUGGUAUACCAGCAGAAUUAUUUCAUCUAGAGGAACUGACAACAUUAGAUCUAAGCCAUAAUAAUUUAAAAGAAGUACCUGAAGGGCUAGAAAGAGCACGGUCUUUACUCAAUCUAAAUCUGAGUUAUAAUCAUAUUGAAACAAUUCCGAAUACGCUUUUUAUUCACUUAACAGACCUAUUAUUUUUGGAUCUCAGUAACAAUCAAUUAGAGACAUUACCACCACAAACCCGACGUUUGACGAAUUUACAGACACUAAAUCUAAAUCAUAAUCCUUUAGGCCAUUUUCAGUUAAGGCAACUACCAUCGUUAAUGAAUUUAACUACAUUACAAAUGCGUGAUACUCAACGCACAUUAAAUAAUAUUCCAUCAAGUCUUGAAACUCUUACGAAUUUACAAGAGUUAGAUUUAUCGCAAAAUAGUUUGCCGCGAGUGCCUGAUGCUUUAUAUUCACUUUCAAAUUUACGUAGAUUAAACUUGAAUGAUAAUCAAAUAUCAGAAUUAUCAACAGCUAUUGAAUUAUGGACGAAAUUGGAAAUAUUAAAUAUAUGUAGAAAUAAGCUAACUGCCAUACCUGCUUCCAUUUGCAAAGUUUCUACUUUAAGAAGAUUAUAUCUAAAUGAUAAUGAAAUAGACUUUGAAGGAAUUCCUUCUGGAAUUGGUAAACUAUCAUCUCUCCAGGUAUUUUCUGCUGCUAAUAAUCAUUUGGAAAUGAUACCCGAAGGAUUGUGCAGAUGUGGCUCCUUAAAGAAGCUAAUAUUAACAUCAAAUCGGUUAAUUACUGUACCAGAUGCAAUUCAUCUUCUUACUGAUUUGGAACAACUGGAUUUAAGAGAUAAUCCAAAUUUAGUAAUGCCACCAAAACCAACAGAGGUACAAAGAGGAUCAGGCAUUGAAUUUUAUAAUAUUGAUUUUUCUUUACAACAUCAAUUAAGACUUGCUGGUGCCAAUGUACCUGUACCGGUACAAACAGCUAAUAGCAGUAAAGACCCAAUCGCUCGUAAAAUGAGAUUAAGAAGAAGACGUGACCAAGAAGAGGCUGAUCAAGAUCAAGCUAAAAUACUAAAGGGUAUGAAAGACAUUGCAAAAGAAAAAAACAAAGAUAAAGAAUGUAAUGAUACUAAAGCUGAGUCAUUAAAACCUAAGAGAUGGGAUGAAACUCUUGAAAAGCCACCUUUGGAUUAUUCAGAAUUUUUUGAUGAAGAUGCAGGACAAAUACCAGGUUUAUCAAUAUGGGAAAUUGAAAAUUUUUUACCUAAUGAAAUAGAAGAAGUGGCGCAUGGCAAAUUCUAUGAAGGCGAUUGCUACAUUGUAUUAAAAACGAGUAUUGAUGAAAGCGGAUCAUUAAAUUGGGCAAUAUAUUUCUGGAUAGGAGAAAAAGCAACGUUGGACAAAAGGGCCUGCGCUGCAAUUCAUGCUGUAAAUUUACGUAAUUAUCUCGGAGCACAAUGUCGUACUAUAAGGGAGGAACAGGGAGACGAAUCGGACGAGUUUCUUAUACUUUUUGAUUCUGAAAUAACGUAUAUUGAAGGUGGCCGUACUUCUUCUGGUUUUUAUACAGUAGAAGAUACUCCUGCUGUAACACGUUUAUAUCGAGUACAUGCAGCUGGAGCCUCUAUUCAUUUGGAACCAGUACCAGUUUGUUUUGAAUCUUUAGAUCCUUGUUAUGUUUUUGUGCUGGACACAGGAAAUAAAAUAUUUAUGUGGUAUGGGAAAAAAGCAAAAAGUACUUUAAAAUCCAAAGCUAGAUUAAUGGCUGAGAAGAUCAACAAAAAUGAAAGAAAAAACAAAGCUGAAAUAAUAACAGAAGUUAUGAAUUUGGAAUCGGAGGAUUUCUUAUUAAAUUUAGGCUUAGAGGAUACUUCAGAGUCUAAAACAAUAAUUGAACAUGUGGAUCCAGACUUUAUACCAGUAACACCACGUCUUUAUCAAGUUCAACUUGGUAUGGGAUAUUUGGAAUUACCACAAGUUGAAGUGCCUCAUGGAAAAUUGAUGAACAGUCUUUUAAACAAUCGUAAUGUUUAUAUCUUAGAUUGUUAUCUCGACGUAUAUGUUUGGUUUGGAAAAAAAUCAACUAGAUUAGUGAGAGCUGCUGCUGUAAAACUAUCUCAAGAACUAUUUAAUAUGAUAGAAAGACCAGAAUAUGCUAUGGUAACAAGGUUACAAGAGGGCACAGAAUCUCAGGUCUUUAAGUCAAAGUUUACUGGUUGGGAUGAGGUCAUAGCAGUAGAUUUUACUAGAACUGCGGAAUCAGUUGCUAAAACUGGUGCUGAUCUUACCAAAUGGGCUAAACAACAAGAAACAAAAGCAGACUUAGCUGCUCUUUUCAUGCCACGACAACCUGCAAUGUCAGCUGCUGAAGCACAACAGCUUAUGACAGAAUGGAAUGAUGAUUUAGAAGGAAUGGAAGCACUAGUAUUGGAAGGAAGAAAAUUUGUGCGUUUACCAGAAGAAGAAUUUGGUCAUUUUUAUAGUGGUGACUGUUAUGUUUUCUUGUGUCGUUAUUGGAUGCCAUUAGAUGUAGCAGAAAAUGAAGACGGUGAUGAACAAUACGAAGAUGAUUAUCAGUGUACAGUAUAUUUUUGGCAAGGUAGAGAUGCCGGAAAUAUGGGUUGGCUUACAUUUACAUUUAGUUUACAAAAAAAAUUUAAGUCAUUGUUUGGUGAAAAUUUAGAAGUAGUUAGAACACAUCAACAACAAGAGAAUUUAAAAUUCAUGGCUUAUUUCAAAAGGAAAUUUAUAAUUCAUCAAGGCAAACGUAAACAACCAAAAGUUCCUGGUACAAGCAAAGUCGAAUUUUAUCAUUUACGAAGUAAUGGUAGUGCAUUAUGCACUAGAUUAAUACAAAUACCUGCAGAUUCCAGUUUAUUAAACUCUGCAUUUUGUUACAUUCUAAAUGUACCAUUUAAUAAUGAUGACGAAACUGGAAUAGUUUAUGCAUGGAUUGGUUCUAAAUCAGAUAGUGAUGAAGCACGUUUAAUUCAAGAAAUUGCUGAAGAAAUGUUUAACAAUCCUUGGAUUAGUUUGCAAGUAUUAAAUGAAGGCGAAGAACCAGAUAACUUUUUUUGGGUUGCACUUGGUGGAAAGAAACCAUAUGACAUUGAUGCAGAAUAUAUGAAUUACACAAGACUGUUUAGGUGCUCUAAUGAAAAAGGAUAUUUUACUAUCAGUGAAAAAUGCACUGAUUUUUGCCAAGAUGAUUUAGCAGAUGAUGAUAUAAUGAUACUAGAUAAUGGUGAACAAGUAUUUCUCUGGUUAGGGACCCGCUGUUCGGAAGUAGAAAUCAAGCUUGCAUAUAAAUCAGCUCAGGUUUACAUACAACAUCUACGUGUUAAACAACCAAACAAGCCGCGUAAAUUAUUUCUUACUGCUAAAGGAAAAGAGUCACGAAGAUUCACUAAAUGUUUUCAUGGCUGGAGUCAACAUAAGAGAACUCCCCAAUAAAAUCUACAUAGAAGAAAGGCAGGUAUUGCUAUUAUUUUUAGCUUAAAAUAUGAGUGCAAUGUUAUAUUCUUAAUUUAUUAUAUUACAAUUGCAACUAAAUUCAUCAUUUGAAUUUAGUAAUUAUAUCAGCAACAUGUAAGUGCCAGAAUUGAUGAUGUGAACUUGUUAUAUUUUGUUUUUGUACAUUCUAAUGUGAUUUUCCACUUUAUAUUAAGCUAUAUAACAUAUGAAUUUAUUUAAAAAAUUUACAGUAUUUUAAUAUUAUAUUGAACAUUAUAUGUAUAAAGAAGUAAGAAGUAAUGAAAUAUUGUAAUCGAGUUCACUUUGUGUGCUUGAAAAUUUUCAUACCAAUUAUUUGUUUUGAUUAGAGUGGUCUUGAUCAGCCUUUUAUACACAUGCAUUCUACUUAAAGUCAAUUCUGUGAUUAAAAAUACAUUUAACAUUGGUCAAAAUAAUUCAUAUCAUACAUAUAUACACUAAACAUUUAGAAUUAAAGGAGUACGUUUUUUUCUGUCCAUAUGUUUUGUUUCCACAUAUAUGAAAAAAAAAAGAAAAAUACAUAAGUAACAUUACAUAUAUUAUUUUGAAAACAGUAUAUUUAUUUUGCAUAGCUGGUUUACAGAGCUACACAAAAUUGCUAUUAUAAAAUGUCUUUAUUCUUAAAAUACAACACACAUCAGCAAACUAUAACAUACAUUCAUUUUAGAAGUGUAGAGUAAAUUGUAGUAAAAUAUGAGUAUCAAAAAAUAUUAAUUUAAACAUUUCAAUAAUUUCUUAAAAUAUUAUAAUUUCUACUUUGUAGAUUUUAGAAAUCUUUUUUAUAUAUAUAAUAACCAAAGAAAGUAAUAUUUUACUAAAGAAAAUUAUAAAUAUACAAACUGGACAUAUCUUUAUUAUAAUUUAACUAUAGUAAAGCCUUUUAAUCUUUAUCAUUUUCUUAUUUAAUGAUUUAUCAAUCUUUUCUGCAUCCAAGCACAAUAUACACAAAGUGAUCAAUAUUUAUAGAUUUUCUUGUAUAUUACACAAAAUAUUCCUGCAUUCUCAUAUAGAUUUGUGUAUAUCAAGCAAAGACUAGAAAUAAAAAGGCAUUUGAUAUAUUCACUAUAUAUAUGACAUCAUGCAUAUUAACAUGAGUCAAUAAAUGCAUGGAUGUGAAUUUUAACAUGAUGUGAUCAAUAGAAUAUUUAAUGUGUUAAUUUAUUUACAAGCGUACAGAAAAAAUUAUAUAUAUAUAUAUGUAUAUGUAUGUAUAUGCAUUUUGUACAAGUUGUAUUAUACUAACCUUUAUUAUUUGUAUAAAUAAAUAUUUGUAUUAAAUUACAGAAUAUAACUAUGACUUCAUUAAUUUAAAUCAUAAAUAU